CCACCGCAGACGGACGGACGACAUCGGAAAAGUGUUGAUGUAAACAAUUGUGCGUCGGCAGAACGGAACGGAAAUUUGCUGCCAAACCAACAUGUUUUGGCACACUUUUCUGCUCGCUUCGGCGAUCAAAAUCCUCUUCCUCGCCUCGUACCGGUCGACGGACUUUGAGGUGCACCGGAACUGGUUGGCCAUCACGCACAGCAGGCCACUGGCCAAGUGGUACUACGAUGCGACGAGCGAGUGGACGCUGGAUUAUCCGCCGUUUUUCGCCUACUUCGAGUGGGCUCUGUCGCAGGUGGCGGCCUACUUCGAUCCGGCCAUGCUGGUGGUGACGAAUCUGAACUAUUCGUCCACGCAGACGGUCCUGUUUCAGCGUGGUUCCGUCAUCGUGACCGACAUCGUGUUUGCAUUUGGGGUUAAGCGAUGCAUGUCGAAGUUGGCCAAAACCGAGAACCAGCACAUUAUCGGUUCGGCGCUACUCCUGAGCAACAUCGGCCUGCUAAUGGUGGACCACAUCCACUUCCAGUACAACGGAUUUCUGUUUGGAUUUCUGCUGCUCAGUUUGAGUUACAUCCUGACGGAAAACUACCUCGCAUCGGCGCUGUGCUUUGCCGUGCUGCUGAAUCUCAAACACAUCUUCAUUUACGUUGCCCCGGUUUACGUGGUUUACCUGCUAAAGUUUUAUUGCUUCCGUAAUAAUGGCGCGUCGGCGAUGGCUCCGCUAAUCAAACUCAUCAAACUGGGCGCCGUCGUUGGCGGUGUUUGCUUGCUCUCGUUUGGUCCCUUUUACAACCACAUUCCACAGGUAUUUGCACGACUGUUUCCGUUCAAACGAGGACUCACACACGCCUAUUGGGCGCCCAACUUCUGGGCUUUGUACAACUUUGCCGACAAAGUGCUGUCCAUCGCGUUGGGCAGGAAAUCCGCGAUGGCUUCCGGAACGGGAGGUCUUGUGCAAACCUUCGACCACACGGUCCUUCCAUCGAUCUCACCCACGACAACGUUCGUCAUGACGGCUCUGGCCAUGUUCCCGACUCUCUACAAGCUAUGGACGCUCAAAAAUACCACAAACCUGGCCCAGAACUUCAUCCGAGCCGUCACGAUGUGUGCCUGCUCGUCGUUCAUGUUCGGCUGGCACGUCCACGAAAAGGCGAUCCUGAUGGUCAUCAUCCCGUUGACGGUCCUCUCCAUCACCAACCGGAACGAUGCCCGGUGGACACUGUUCCUUGGCAUCCUCGGCCACUACUCCCUCUUCCCCCUACUCUUCAGCUCCGAACUCAUCCUCAUCAAACACGCCAUGCAUGUGGUCUACACCGGAAUCAGCGUGCUGCUCUUCCGGAACAUCCACGGCGGACGAUUCCUCUCCAUCCCCGAACGACUCUACCUGUACGGCUUCGUCUUCCUCUCCCUCUUCGAAAACAUCAUCCAUCCCGCCCUCAACCUUGACCAAACCCUUCCCUUCAUCCCCCUGAUGGCCACCAGCGUCUACAGCGCCCUCGGCGUGUCCUACUUCUGGCUCAACUACCAGAAACACUUCAUCACCCAAACCCCCUUCCUCACCAAGGACCAGGGCGUUUCGAAGACCAAAAAGAACUAAAAACCUUGCGCACACCGCUCGCUUUCAAAUCAAAAACAGAAAUAUAUUUAAAUUGCGCCACAAACCAACAACACACACCUUCCACAACCACAA